CCCAACUAGCUUGAUGCUAUUAUUAAGGGCUUGUCCUGGGGAAAAGUACAUACAAGUGACAUAAGUUCUUAAAAACGUCAUAAUUACAUAGGGUCAACAAAUUUUGGUCAUUAUUAUAUAAAAAUUACAUACAAUACAAUUACAUACCGUAAGAUUGGUGACAAUAGAAUAUGUACUGUCUUAUACAGAAAACUGGUCUCCAAGGGAGAGCCAGACUUUAGCUUUGAAUGACGCUAGGGAUAAAGCUGUCUGUGUGUCCUGUGGAAGAGAGUUCCACAGUUAUAUUUGUUUGUUUGAUUUUUUCCACAGAUGGUGCUAAAAACUGCCGCGAGUUCUUCACCUCGCGUCCGAAGGGCCUGUUAACGUUGGCCGUCUGCAUUGGUGUCAUCGUUGUCGUUACUGCUGCAACUGUGGUAGCCGUUAUCCUCAACCCACACAGCGCACCGAGGUUUCACAACGAGGAAAAUACGACGACAUUUCCAGUCUACUCCACAACGUCGUAUACGUACCUACCUGUGACGUCAUCUACCCACCUAAUAGUGACGUCAACAACUUCAUCUACUGUGACAAUAGAUUGGUGGAGUGAGUGGAUCCUCUACAUCAGAAAGUAUUUCCAACAUGACAAAGAUGCACGAGCCGCCAUGGGUUUGGAAGAGCGCUAUUCUGACAAUGAGGUAGUGAUGACACUGCUGGAAGGCCGGUUCUUCUGGCCAUUUGUGUGUCGGUACUGGAAAGAGAGAGCCGGCCUCCCGAACAGCUUGGCCGGUGCUGUAACACACUGCAUACUGCAUGGGGUUUCAAGUGAUGAGUACAUGAAGACACACGGCUUGGCUACGUACAGGGAGGUCUUCCAGUCCAUUCUGGACGCGUUAGAAGCACUGUACAUGUCAAACACGACACAGGCCCACAAAGACAACGAUCACACACAUCUAUCGCUGUCCGGGGUUACUCUUUCUGGCGAUGAUGUUGAGGCGCUGGCCAGCCUCUUCCCGUACCUGAGAGGACUGUUCAGCCUUCAACUUAUGGGCUGUGGACUUUCUGCAGAAGCAGCGACGUCAAUGGCUGGACAGAUUCACCAGCUGAAUGCACUGAACACUUUCUAUCUUGGCAAGAACAUGAUUGGAGAUGGAGGGAUGGAAGCGAUUGCAGAGAUGUUUCCUCAUCUGAAAGAACUCAGGACCUUAGAUAUCAGGGAAAACUCAAUAACAUCUGUGGGAGGAAAAACCAUGGUCGAAAAGCUAGUUGAGCUACAGGAGCUACGAAAUAUCAACUUGGCGGGAAAUGAGCUGGCACUCAGCCUCUCAUCAUUGGCAAAGGCGUUUGACAACAUGACGCGGCUGGAAUCCGUCCGCUUGUGGCCCAUCACAUGUAGGGCAGACUCAUUCCGCGAGGCGGCGCUACAGGUACGCGAUGCUGUCCACACGCUUAAGGGCAAAGUGUUCAGCUACUUUGAUUGGUGGAGUGAGUGGAUCCUCUACAUCAGAAAGUAUUUCCAACAUGACAAAGAUGCACUAGCCGCCAUGGGUUUGGAAGAGCGCUAUUCUGACAAUGAGGUAGUGAUGACACUGCUGGAAGUCCGGUUCUUCUGGCCAUUUGUGUGUCGGUACUGGAAAGAGAGAGCCGGCCUCCCGAACAGCUUGGCCGGUGCUGUAACACACUGCAUACUGCAUGGGGUUUCAAGUGAUGAGUACAUGAAGACACACGGCUUGGCUACGUACGGGGAGGUCUUCCAGUCCAUUCUGUACGCGUUAGAAGCACUGUACAUGUCAAACACGACACAGGGCCACAAAGACAACGAUCACACACAUCUAUCGCUGUCCGGGCUUACUCUUUUUGGCGAUGAUGUUGAGGCGCUGACCAGCCUCUUCCCGUACCUGAGAGGACUGUUCAGCCUUCAACUUAUGGGCUGUGGACUUUCUGCAAAAGCAGCGACGUCAAUGGCUGGACAGAUUCACCAGCUGAAUGCACUGAACUCUUUGUAUCUUGGCAAGAACAUGAUUGGAGAUGGAGGGAUGGAAGCGAUUGCAGAGAUGUUUCCUCAUCUGAAAGAACUCAGGACCUUAGAUAUCAGGGAAAACUCAAUAACAUCUGUGGGAGGAAAAGCCAUGGUCGAAAAGCUAGUUGAGCUACAGGAGCUACGAAAUAUCAACUUGGCGGGAAAUGAGCUGGCACUCAGCCUCUCAUCAUUGGCAAAGGCGUUUGACAACAUGACGCGGCUGGAAUCCGUCCGCUUGUGGCCCAUCACAUGUAGGGCAGACUCAUUCCGCGAGGCGGCGCUACAGGUACGCGAUGCUGUCCACACGCUUAAGGGCAAAGUGUUCAGCUACUUUGGCAUGCAACGGCAUUUGCUAUAUGAUGGGGCUAAACAUGCUGCAGGUUCAUCGAGACUGGACACAGCCUGGCAAAGAUCUCGGGUAGAACAAAAGGUGACGUCAGGGGUUUACAUAAAAACAAACGGGUGA